UAGUAGGCUGCUGGAUCACUGUGCUGAACUGUCCAGCCUUGUAUUAUAGUUCACAGCGGAGUACUCGAUGUUCUUGCAAUUUUUUUGGUAGGCUGUGUUUAUGUGAGCAAACAUUAGAGAUGCAUGACGUGUUGGAAGAGGAGUAAGUCAAGUCCAGGCGUGUCUGCAGCGUGGGAUCAACAAUGUGCGCACUUUAAACUUCACACCUGCACUGUUGUAUUGCUUUCACAUUUAUAGCCCUCUUGUUUUACGGCUGGCUGUCAUGUCGCGCUGACAAGCCACUGUUGGUUUCGAUAGCAGAUUAAGAAGAGCAUGUGAAGUGAACUGGCGCGACUCAAGACAUGGAGGCACCUGAAGCACACACGGACGCCAAAAACACGGAGGGCUGUUUUCACAGGACCUUCUCAGCUCUAACUGUGGACGAUGUGUAUGAGAUAGCCAAACAGAUCGGCACCGAGGUGGAGAAACUCAUCGACGGCUGUGGUAAAGACAGCGUCGUGGGGCUGGUGCCGAAGAUAGUUAAAGUGUUGGAGCUGCUGGAGAGCUUCGCGUCGAGGAAUCAUGCUCACAGACUGAGGGAAGAGGAGCUGCUCAAAACCUUUGAGACCAUACAGCUACAGCAGCAGAAGAAACGUGGAGGGAAAGACAGCGAGGAGGGCAACGAGAAACAUGAAAUACGGCAGGAGCUGCAGCAGAAGGAGCAGCAGUGGAGGAAGAGGUGUGAGGAGCUGCAGGCCCAGGUGCAGCAGCUCCAGGAGGACAGGGAGGAGCUGCAGAGCAGGCUGAGGGGCAGCCAUGCACAGGAGGACCGAGUCCAGCGGCAGGAGCGAGAGGUGAUGCUGAAGCUUAAGGGGGUGGUGGACAAGCAGAGAGACGAGCUAAGAGCCAAAGCCCAGGAGAUAACCACCAUUUCCAAAGAGGUGGAGGCGCUCCAGGAGCAGCUAGAGCGCUUCAUGAAGAUGAAUGCGGAGCUGCGACACAAGCAGAACGUGCUGCAGACCCAGCUGAAGAGCACAGUGGAGAGGAAGGCUGACAUGGAGGCCGACCUGAAGGAGAAAAGCAAAGAGAUAGAAAUCCUCCAAAAACAGCUGGACAGAACCAACAGCAACGGCCCCUUCAGUUCAAGUCAAACAGCUCCUGUGUCCAAUAAAAAGUCGACAGUCGAUCAGAAGGAUCCAGAUCAGCCGUGUUUCACCAAGAAGGAGGUGCGUGACAUCAUUUUCGAGAGGAACGAGCUCAAAACUAACCUCUUCCUGGUGCAGGAGGAGCUCAACUACUACCAGAGGGAGAUCCUAAGUGAGGAGAGGUGUCCAGGUUUCCUAUUAGAAGCCGUCCGCUCCACCAUCAGUAAACGGAGAAAGCUCAUUAAGGCAAAGAUGCUCGGGAUUCCUGUGAACGAAUGCAGCAGCAGUGACGAGGAGGAGAGGAGCUCUCUGUUUGGACAGACAGAAGUAGACGGGACUGAAGUUGACGGAACUGACAAACCAGCUGAGUCACGCAUACGAAACCUCUUUGGCUUCCUGACACGGUCGGGCAGCGGCCGGAGCCCCACCCACAUGAGCAACUCCGCCUCCAGCUGGGAAAUCAUCGGAGACUCAGAGGCAGCUGAUGAGACGGGGCAGCGACCGUCCCCUUGAGCCUGGUACUCACCACAGUAUCAUGGAGUUCACACUGUGAGACGCCCUUCUUCCCUCAGUCGCAACCUCUCCCUCAUGAUUUAGUGGAAAAUGUGGUUUUGGCUUUGGAAGGUGAUUACGAGGACAUUUGGGACUCAGCCCCAGUGUAUAUAACACAAAAGCACUAUGUAUCUUUUGUAUCUCUUGCCCUAAAUCCCCUUAUUAUUUUAACAGAAGUGAGGAAUAAAUACAUACAGUAUAUUAGUACUACAGUAUAAAUUGUACAGUGUACCGCAGUAUUAAGAGGGAUACUUUUUAACUCACUGCAAAAGAGAUCAUCUGAUCCUUCAUCGUGGAAAAACAGGUUAUUAAGCAGAUAUUUAUACAGAUCCUCAAAUUUUUUUAACAGAAACCAAAGACAUUACAAAGCUAUAUUUCUUAGGUGAAACUCUUCCCUCUGGUAAUGAGAACAGAAUAUGUAUGAGUUCAUCUCUGUGCCAUAAGAGGGCGCUGGUUCAUUUUAACAAUCAAGCUUUUACCAGAGAUGUAUGAUGUAACUUUUACCUCACUAGGGGAAUUUUUAAGCCACGUGUUCACUUGUGUAUUUUUAAUAAUUUAAAGCACUUUUAUUCUCAAGGACAGGAAAAGAACAUCGCAGUCAUACUACCAGUCUCUUCCAGCAGUGAGUGCAUUUUGACCCCUUGAGCCUUAACUCACCUGCUUAUAUUGUUAAAAAUAUAUUUUCUUAAUUUUAGACAUUGAGUCGAAGCCUUUGGCCUGAUUGUGUUUGUUGCUUGUGCCAUAAAUGUGUAUAUGUGUGUGUGAGCACAUGUAUUCAGGCUGGUGUGCCAGCCUCUGCUGAUUGGUUGCUUUACGUUAAAGGAGCAGUGUGUAGGAUUUAGUGGCAUCUUGAAGGUGGGGCUGCAGAUUGCACCUCCUCCACUCACUCCUCGGUGGCCUUCAGGUAUGGCAAAAAUAUGAAAGGCCCUCUCUAGAGCCAGAGCCAGUAUGUAUAUAUGAAACGCUCAUUUUAAGCUAACGAAAACACAAUAAGUUUUUGUUUCAGGUAAUCAUACACUAUUGAAAACAUAAGUAAUACUGUCUUCAGUUUCUGUCAGUAGAUCCCCCCUCAAUCCUACACACUGCUUUUUUUAAAAAGGAAGCUAUGAGCUUUCUUACAGAGAUGAGAACUGCCAUUUUUUAUUUUUAGUUCCCACUACUAUGAAAAGUGGCAAUGAAGUAGAGCUUCAAUCAGGCCCAAAAAAUCAGGCCCGACCUACCUGUCCAAACCUGACCCAAGCCUGAACCACGGCAGGUUUUAAAACCUGGAUUUCCAUGGUAAAGUUUAAAAAAUAAAUACAAUAUAUACAUAUAUAUAUAUAUAUAUAUAUAUAUAUAUAUUGAGUUAUUUAUUAUAAGAUAAAGUCAACUUAAGUCUUUUUAGUGUAGCAUGGACAUUUGUGUCACGGGAUGCGUUUGUAAAUAGCCACUCCGAGCACCAGAGUGCACUCUGGCACAAACUGGACCAAUAAAUUUGGGUUGCUGUUGGAAUAUACCGUUCUGUCAGAACACCACACUCUUGGAGCUGCAGAGCGAAAUCUGGAGACAGAGCAGCAGAGCGCCAAGCACAGUGAAAGUGAAUCAUGUGAAAAUACAACAUUCUAACUCCGGGAGAUUGGCGAGAACCCGACCUGGUUCAAACCCAGGUGAAUGAUGAGAAAUUACGGCAGGUUCAGGUCGGGCCCAGUCUGGUUUGGGCAGAGAACCAAAGCUCUAACAUAAAGUCUGAUCCCUCUGUCCCCUCUAAAUGUCUGAACUCAACUCUACACAGCCAAUGACAGACCAGUGAUGUAUUUGUUGAGAGACAAUGUACAACCUUCCAAUCAGAUCAUGUUUUCUAAAAUACUGUUUGCAAUUUAUUUUUAUAAGCAUGUUAUUAGUUCUGACAAUACAGAUUUAAGAUGUCAGUUGCCAUGUGAGUGAAUUUUAUCGAUGACGUGAUACAAACAAUUCAAAAUGUGGAUCUUCUGUGAAAUUGAGAUUUCAAGAUUCAAUAAAAGUCCAUUAAACACAAUUGAAUAUUGAACUGA